AUUGGUGGUUCUCCUGACAUAGGAGGAAGUUGUAAAACAGGUAAACGGACAAAGAGGCUUCCUUCCCCUUUCUCUGACAGGCCCCGACCAAACAAAGCUGCAACAAUCAAUAAGAAGAAAAGAGUCACAGUGGCUGAAUAAAGAAUUUAAUCAGGAGUGUACAAUGAUCAAAUCUAAAUUGUUUACUGUCUGAAGAACAGGAUAGUUUACCCUGUGGGGUAUAAGAUAGGGAAGAUGGAAGGAUUUAAGUGCUUUCUUAUAUAUGAAAUGUGUAUAUUGACACUGAUAUGUUCAGGCAUUGCCCAGCGUUCUCCAUACAAGGAGGAUAUCUAUAACAGACGUUCAAACAAGAAGAAGAAAAAUGAUAAACCAAACAUUAUUGUGAUUAUUACUGAUGAUCAGGAUGAACUUUUAGGUUCUAUGCAUGUCAUGCCAAAGACAUUAAAAUGGAUGAGAGAUCAGGGAGUUCAGUUCAACAAUUCAUUUGUAAGCACACCAAUGUGUUGUCCUUCACGUAGUUCUUUUUUAACUGGGAUGUACACACAUAAUCAUCAUGUAUAUACAAACAAUGACAAUUGCUCUUCGCCAUAUUGGCAGGCCAACCAUGAGUCGAGGAGUUUUGCUACAUAUUUAAGUAAUGCAGGUUAUCGUACAGGUUACUUUGGUAAAUAUUUAAAUGAAUAUAAUGGCACAUACAUACCAGCUGGCUGGAGAGAAUGGUUAGGACUUGUGAAAAACUCUCGGUUUUAUAAUUAUACAGUUAAUUUUAAUGGACAGAAGAUGAAACAUGAAGAUAAUUAUUAUCAGGAUUACUUCACUGAUUUGAUUGCUAAUGACAGUGUAACAUUCCUCAAAAGAAGCAAACAGUAUUUUCCUAAAAGACCAGUAUUGAUGGUACUGAGUACUCCAGCACCACACGGUCCUGAGGAUGCAGCCCCUCAAUAUCAACAUCUCUUUUUUAAUAAUACAUUUCAUAGGACACCAAGUUGGAAUGUAGCCCCAAAUUAUGAUAAACAGUAUUUAUUAAAAGUAACAGGUAAAAUGGAACCUAUUGAACAGAGAUUUACUGAUGUUUUACAACAGAAAAGGCUCCAAACUUUACAGAGUGUUGACGAUUUAGUAGAUAAGGUAUGUAGUGAGCUAUGGAUGUUAGGAGAACUUGACAAUACUUAUAUUUUGUACACAUCAGAUCAUGGAUAUCAUUUGGGACAAUAUGGGGUGAUUAAAGGAAAGGCUUUACCAUAUGACUUUGACACCAGAGUACCAUUGUAUAUGAGAGGUCCUGGAAUAUUACCAAGGUCAAAAAUAUCUAAUAUGGUUUUGAAUAUAGAUAUAGCAGCAACAAUCUUAGAUAUAGCUGGGUUAGAAAUACCAGACCAUUUUGAUGGAAAAUCAAUUAUGAGACUGAUCAAAGCUUACAGGGAUCCUCAAAAUGUUGACAGUAAAGGGUUUGUAAAGACGAGGAAGCCAUGGGGUGAUACAGUCCUGUUAGAAAGAGGCAAAAUAACAGGGAAGAGAUAUAAAGAUAUGAUGAGAGAACAGAAGAGAACAUUUUUGGAAAAUCCAGAAACCCGUUUGUUAUAUGCUACACCUAAACAGAAACGCAUAUACAAAGAGUGUGCUAAACCAGAAAACCAACCUCCAUGUAAAGUAGAUCAGAAAUAUCAGUGUAUACAAGACCCAAAGAGAAAGCUUCCUCGUUUGAUGAAGUGUCGUCCAGGGGAUGAAACAAAAGAUCUGAUGCAGAACGACAAUGGACCACCUUGUCAUUGUAAAAAAAGGAGGAAAAGAAGGAGAAUAGCCCGUCUGCAAAGAAAAUACCUUCAAACACAGAUGAAAACCAGUAAUUUAAGGUCGAGCAUUAAGAGAAAGAAAAGAUCGUACAUCAACUCUGUAGAUGAGAACAGUGUUCCUCCAGUUUCACCAAUAGACAGAAGAUGUCGUGUGUUACAAAACAACACUGUUUCGUGUGAUCAGAUUUUGUAUCAGAAUGCUGACGCCUGGAAAAACCACAAAGACCAACUUGAUGAUAUGAUCCAAGAAUAUCGUAAAAUGUUAGAGGAUUUGAGGAAAUACAGAAGGCAUCUUAAAAAGGAAAAGCCAAGAGAGACAUUUUUAUCGCAGUUUGAAAAAAGUGAUGAGUUUUUAGAUACUGUUGGUUUGCCUGGCACAUCACCAGCCUGUAAAUGUGAUACCAAUCAGACAAAUUUUAAUGCACGAAAGGAAGCCAUAAAAGAAGCAAGAAAAGAAAGAAGGAAAAGAAAAAAGAAAAACAAGAAUAAGAAGAGAAAAAGAGAUUGUAACCAAAAUGAUUUGAAAUGUACUAUACAUAAUAAUGAUCAGUGGAAAACCCCUCCUCUCUGGAAUUCAAGUUAUUGGAAUCUCCAAUCUGGAGAAAAAUUGAGACGUCGUGAUCAUCCUGCCUGCAAGAGAGAUAAUAUGGAUUGUUCUAUAAUGGACAACUCUCAUUGGAAAACACAACCGUACUGGACUAAUGGACCAUUCUGUUUCUGCUCAAACUCCAACAACAAUACAUACUGGUGUUUACGCACAAUUAAUAGUACGCAUGACUUGUUGUACUGUGAAUUCAUCAAUAAUUUUAUCAGUUAUUAUGACCUCACAGAAGAUCCCUUUCAGUUAAAAAAUGCCAUACAUGAUGUUAAUUAUGGAGUGUUACAACAACUACAUGAACAACUGAAUGAGAUUAGGAAAUGUGACGGGUACAAACAGUGCUCCAAAGCUUCACAAUCAACCAAAGAACCUAAAAAUACGAGACUAUUGAGGAAUGAUUAUGACUACAGUUAUCUAGAUAAUACAUGAUAGUGGAUUUAUUUAUAUGGAAUAAUCAUGAACAAACUUUGAGUGUCUCAUAAUGUUGUAGACUGUCCAACUUAUUCUCAAGGUUAAAAAAACAAAACAGUUUCGGUUUUACAAAACAUGGAGACUGGCACUUCAUUCACAAUAACAAUGACAGACAUAGUUUAUGUAUAAAAUAAGGGUUUUGAUUUCUGUACCUCUAAUGUCUUAACUUGUUGUAUUACACGGUACAAAUUAACAAUUUAAAAUUUUGUUACCGUUGGUUUUUUUUAAAAAUUUUCUCUGAAACUACUUGGCAAAUUGUGAUGCCUGCCAACCAUCUACUCCAACAUGGUUAGAAAUAGAAUGAAGGGUUAAAAUGCAAGUUUUGUCUAUUAUCUUGAAAACUAGAGAUAGAAGAUAUUUAUAUUCAGAAUGUUAAAAAAUAUCUGCUGUAUAUUUCUGUUAGGUCAGCACAUCCAUUUCAUACAAAAUGCAUGGACUAUUGUCAAUUUUUUCAAAUGUGAUUGUAAUUUAUGUACUCCUCAUUACAGCAUCUCUUUUGAAAGCAGGUUCAAACCCAUUUUUCAAUGAUUCAGUAGGGAUUCAAAACUUUAUUUGAUCAUAUUUGUGGACACAUUCCCCAUUUCCAUUCUCAAUUUUACAAUCAAGCAAUCAAGAAAACAUCUCCAACAUAAACACAAAAUGGAAACUUUUACUGUUUCUGAAUAAUUGUAAGUGCAAAAACUAUCAAAAUAGGUGCAAUUUGAUCUAACUUAUAGAUUUUUAAUCAUAUUUUGUACUAAUGUUCAAAUAAAUAAUUGCCUCGUUAAUAAAAUUCUAAUUUAUUUUAGUAAUUUGAUUUUGGAAAUACUUUAUAUUGACAGCAUCUUUCCUUACAGGUUGUCAUAGACUAUAAGUUCCCAUGCCCAGUGGAAGAAAUAUUCAGUAAUAUUAUUUAUAAUGGAACAAAUAUUACAGAAUGUGUUCCUCAUGGAAUAAAUUGUAUAGAAUAUUUAUAUCACCAAGAACAGAAAAUGUGGCAUUGUUUAUAACAUGGAAACUUCUGUAUAGGGGGAAUAAAUAUAUGUUGAUACCAUAGGUAACCUCUGUCAAACAUAAUUUGUAGAUUUAUUCUUAAUUGGAGUUGUGUCUUCAUUUUACUUAUUUGUCUUUUAUUCAUAAACAUUAUAGUGAUGUUAGAUAGGAAUUAACAAGCUUGCCAAGUAUUUACCUAAUAUACUGUGAUACUAGUAAAGUAAUUGUGUACACAUUGUCAUCUUAUUGUCAUUUUAUUGUCAAAAUUUGUAAUCAUGUUAAAAAUAUGUCAUCAAUUAAAGGGGCAUUAGCUAUGAUAAAGACAUCAAUUCAAAAAUGAUAUGUAUUUUUUUGCUCUAAACAUAGCAGGCAGUUUGGAUCACUUUGUCAAAAUAAACUUCCAAAAUAAGUCACAAAAAAAGUUUGUUUCCACUCCCCCACCUGGUCGGAAAUAAGCCCAGGGUGGCCGGGUCAAAACUUAUUUUGCAAAAAAAAAUUGAAAUUAUUUUUAUUCCAAAGAAUUGUUUUCAUUUUUGAAAAGUGAUUGAAACUAAAAGGAUUGAUUAUCUUAAUAAAUACACUCAAAUUGAACACAGACAAAUGAUAAGUGGCCUCGACUGGACAAGUUAAACCACUCAUGUGACCAUAUACUAUGACAUCCAGUUAAAAAAAAAUAUGCUUUCCUGGUCUGUUUACAAAGGGGAGGGGAAACGGACAUUCUUUUAAAUAUGGCCUUAUAUUGCAUUUGUCCUUUUGCGCCAAUUACUGUUUUUCUGGGGUAUCAUUUGCGCCAAAUUUUGUUUCCUAAAUGUAUCAUUUGCGCCAAUAUUUGGAACUCAUUUGCACCAAUUUACCUUUUGCUGAUUGUGUUUUAGCCACAUAUGCUGAUGACACAGUGCUUUGUUCUCACAAUGCAUAUGAGCUUUUUUAUUAUAAAAAUUAUUAUGAACUGUUUUAUGCAUUUCAACCUUCAAUGUUUGUGUUUUUGGACAUAAAAUAAAGUUACAAGCUACAAUACAUACAUUAAAUUGGGAAGUACCCAUGCAGCAGCAGUAAGUAGAAGGUAUGUUUCAAAAAAGGAAACAUUUGCCGUGUUACAUGUACAACAUGCCGAUUGUAAUUCUCAAUAAAUUAGUACGGAAGUCAUUUUUCUUCAAAUUGGCACAAUCAUAUGGUGCGUUUUUGGCGCAAAAGAUACCAUUAAUUUUUUAACAUGUGGCGUAAACGGUAAAACCUAGCAUUUGGGUAAAAAAGUUGUGGGGCAAAAGGACACAUUUUUGGCGCAAAUGGAUCACUCCCCUUUAAUUUGAGUGAAUGACCCAAAAAAGGAAAUAAGCAUUUUCAGUUAUUAAAAAGAAAUGAAUAUCAACAUUAAAAGUGAAGCUGAGCCACUGAGAAUUAUUAAUAGUAAAAACACCUUUCCACAAGCUUGUCUUGUAUUGAAAUUUAUCUCUACAUUGGGUCAUAGACCAUGGCCUUUCUUUCGUGGUCCUCUAAAUUGUUUUAAAUAAACACAAAAUUAUACAUUACAGACAGUCUUUAUAUUGUUUAUUGUGUGUUUUUUUGUAAUUCUGAUAGGUGUUUUAACAUACGAGUUGAAUCCUGGAAUUUGACAGCUAAUGCCUCUUUAACAUCUUUCUUAACUUGUUUUAAUGGUAUAAAUGUUUUUGUAGAAGUUUUAGCAAAAUUAAAUUUUUAUAUUGUUAAAAUA